AUGCUCAUCUUUUUGUCAUCAAUUUGUUUGGUUGACCUAGUAGAGGAAUCUGAUUUCAGUUAUUGUGUUUCUCCAGAUAUGCUUCCAGGACCGCCACCACCUCUUCUUAUGGGAUAUCCCUCUGUGCCGAGCGCGUCACCCUCAGCUGCGCCGUCAUCAUCCAUAGGUGCCAGCAUCGCCAUCAUCGCUAUUGUCAUCAUUGCGUCGACCCUCGUGAUCUUGUGCAUUAAGGUCUUUUGCCGUAGCCCCCGCCCCCCUCGCCCAUCCUGGUCGCCAUUCUCUCGCCGCAGCAGCAUCUCCCGGAGGGCCUCAUCAUUAGGAGAGUCUGACAAGAAGCAUGCAGCGGAGGCAGCUGUUCAUGCUUCCCUGGGGGCCAGUGCUUCGUCUAGAAAGCAUGCAGAAGGUUUGGUGUUUGGGUUGAAGGUCCCUGUGCCAUCUGCGCCCUCUCUACCAGAGGUGGAGCAGGUGAUCUUGGGGUUGCUAUCACAACCCCGCGUGCUGUUGCAGCAGGGGAUGUUCUGCUGCAUCUGUGCCCAAAACUUUGUGCCUAGCGAUAUGAUCCUGUCCCUUCCGGCAUGCUUGCAUAAAUUCCACGAGCGGUGCAUUAUCCCAUGGAUUCGUGGCCAUGCACCUUACUGUUGUCCGUUCUGCGAUGCUUCUAUCACCAUGCCCUGCCCUGACCCUGACAAGACCCACAGCUCAGAUCGCUAUGACGUCGAGGCACAGACAAUGGUUGCGCCAGCUCCACCUGGAGAGGAGGUGGCAGAGGCUGUGGGGGGCUCUCGUGGGUGGCUGCGCUCUUCCCUGGACAGACUCUCGGGCAGCUGGAGGGGAUGCUCCAGCAGUCAUGCCACUGCAGUUGUAGUGCCGGUGUCCUCACGACGUACCACGGGGAGCUGGAGAGUCAACAACUCUGACAAGGAGGACGUAGAGGCUGUUGGCGGCUCUCAUGGGUGGCUAGGCUCUUUUCUGGCUACACUCUCAAGCACCUGGAGUGGACACUCAGACAGCCGUUCCACUACAAUGGUGUCAUCGGUGUCCUCAGGGUGCGCAACUGGAAGCCUGAGCCUGGUACUGAGUGGCUGCGGCAGUGCUGACUUGUGUUCCAGGAGCUGGGAUCCUGAGGCAGCCGUGCAGAAGACGUAGUUCUUCGAAAUCGAUCAUGCA